UUAUAAAUGGCGACCUGCUUGUUAAAAUAGUAGUUAUUCGUAAGGUAUUGGUUAAAUUAUUUCCUCCUAGAGGAUAAUUAGUGGUAUCAUGACAGAGCAUGUAGCAGUAAAAAACUUUAGGGAAUAUCUAAGGAUUCCGUCCGUUCAGCCAAACGUGAAUUAUGAUGCUUGCGUUCAGUUCCUCAAAAAACAGGCCGCUAGUUUGGGCUUACCGGUGAAUGUGUGUUUUCCAACCCCCAAGAAACCAGUGGUGGUAAUAACAUGGGAAGGAACAGAACCGAAACUGCCUUCAAUUUUACUCAACUCACACAUGGAUGUAGUCCCUGUUUUUCCAGAAAAAUGGACUCAUGAUCCUUUUGGAGCAGAGAAAGAUGCGAAUGGCAACAUCUACGCCCGGGGUGCCCAAGAUAUGAAGUGUGUUGGAAUUCAAUAUAUUGAGGCGAUUCGAAGAUUAAAGGAGGAAGGAGUCAAACUGAGACGUACUAUUCAUAUGUCAUUUGUUCCAGAUGAAGAAAUUGGUGGUGAAGAUGGAAUGGGAAAGUGGGUUACAAUGCAAGAUUUUCAUAACUUAAAUGUUGGUUGUGCACUCGAUGAAGGAAUGGCUAGUGUUGAUGAGACAUAUUUAUUGUUCUAUGGAGAAAGAUCAAUUUGGCAAGUUCAUAUUCAUUGUCCGGGAACACCAGGCCAUGGUUCAUUGCUUCUUCCUGAAACUGCUGGAGAAAAAGUGCGUUAUGUAAUUGAUUCAUUCAUGGACUACAGGGCACGAGAAAAAUCUAAGCUUGAAGGCAAUCCACAACUUAGCAUUGGAGAUGUAACAACUAUUAAUCUCACCAGAGUUAAGGGAGGUGUCCAGAACAACGUUGUUCCACCAGAACUGAUUGUUGGCUUUGAUUGUCGUCUCUCCCCCACAACUGAUUUUGAUACUUUCGAGAAAUGGAUCAUGGAAGUCUGUGCAAAAGCUGGAAAGGAAGUGUAUCCUGAAUAUCAGCAAAAGCAGAAUGCCAAAGCUUUAACAAAGUUAGAUUCAACUAAUCCUUUUUGGGUUACAUUUAAAAAGGAGUGCGAUAAACUUGGAUUGAAACUAAAAGAAGCUAUAUUUCCUGGAGGCACAGAUAGUCGCUUCGUCAGAGAUUUGGGUAUACCAGCUUUUGGUUUCUCUCCAAUGAACAAGACUCCUGUGCUCCUACAUGAUCAUGAUGAAUUUCUGAGCGAGUCUACAUUUUUAACAGGGUUGGAAAUUUAUAUUAAACUAAUCCCUGCCUUAGCUGGUUCCUGAUCCCCACUUGGCAAGCGGGACAGAGCCAUGUUCGAGUCCUGCUAGCCACUCCUGUGUGCCAUAAUAGAACUAACUAAGUUUGUAUUGUCGCUCAUUAUGUAAAAUGUUCUAAGAUCCCUUUAUUUCUCUAUUUUAUUUUUUUUUAUCAUUAUUUAAAUUGAUAUAAUCAAUCUUAAUUUCACAUAUGGGAUGUGUUUAUUUGCAUUUUUUUAUGGCUCACUGAUUCAGGCUUAUAACUGUCAAAUCAGUUUUCUACUAAUAGCAUUAAAGAUGGAUAGAUUAUCUUAAAAUGAUUUUAUCACUUCAGACCUCAUUUUUAUAUCAUCUAUUAAGGUGUUUUGAGAAAGAAUAAUUAAUUGUUUUUGUAUUUUAUGUUGGGUUAUUAAGAGUACUUUUACUCAACAGUUUUUAAUUUUUGACGCUUCCAGUAUGCUGUCUCUUAUCAGUCCUUCUGGUGAUGUUUGUUGAAAUUUUAUUUCAAUAAAAGUAUUUUUUAAAUAUAAACUAAUUAUAAUGAAUGUGUUUUGAUUCUGGAAAUUGCAAAAUGAGAUUAAAGUAGUUUCAUAAUAAACUAAAAUUGUUUGAAAUGGAAGUGAUGUCUACCUUUGUUACAAUUAUAAAUUUAAAAUUUGUUGGCCAUGGUCGCAUUAAAAUUAUUUAAUCAAAGUAUCUUUUGGCAAUAUUUUUGUUAUUGCUUUGAUUUAACAUAGUAUGAUAUAAAAUAUAUCUGAGAGUCUUAUUAUUGUUUCUCACCAAUUGAACAUCGUAAUAUACAGAAGAUUUGAAUCAAAUUAAUUUUUAACUUAUAAACAGGGAAUUCUUAGAACAUUUUAUUUUGAUUUGAACAGUAUUCUACAGGUUUAAGGAUUUCAUUUAAUUGCCCUAUUUCAGCUACUAUUUGGUAGAAUAGUGGUGGUAAUAUAUUCAUCCGUAUGACCAAAAUAAGAUAUUUAUUUUCCUUACAUGUUCCAUUUUAUUUUUCUUAUGUAAUGCCAUUGGCUUAUGAUUUUUUUUUUUUUUUAAUUGUUUC